UAUGCCCGCGGGACUGAUUGCUCUCCUCUCGCUGGGAAUGGUCGCUAGAUACAGUGUACUAAUGUACAAUGCUCCUUCACAAUCAUAAACAGGAGUCCAGAUCUGCUCAUUAUGGGUUGGAAGGGACGGAUGUUCAGUCAAACUCUGUAGUCUGUACUCUGUAGCGGGAAUUACUUGUUUUCUGUUUUGUUGUAUCCCAAUCAAUGAAAAAUGGAAAAAAAAUUAGCCGUAAAAAGGGUCAUGCUCAAUUUAUAGAAAAUAUUGUGAUGAAUAUUAUAUUUCAAAAUUUAUUAUUUUUAUCGAUUUAUUCUUCUAUUUUUAUUUUUAUUAGAUGGAAUGAAUUUUCAGAUGUCCGUGGAUUAUAUAGGAUAUGUUUACGCCCUGACCAUUGCUGUCGGGGGCAUGAUUGGGUUUCUUACUAAAGGUUCCCUGACUUCCUGUUUUAUGGGACUGGGAGUAGGUUGUAUCUCCGGGUUUGCAGCCUACCGGAGUUCACAGGAGGAGAAGAACUGGGGGCUCAGUCUUCUUGUCUCCGUCUGUCUCACAGCACUAAUGGGAUACAGAUUUAUCUCAUCUUGGAAGUUUAUGCCAUCUGGACUAGUUGCCGGGUUCUCUUUAAUCAUGGUUCUCAGAUACGGGUAUAGAGCUCUAAACCAGGAGAAGAAGAAGGACAAAUAAUUGAUCUGAUUUGAAUGUAAUUCAGACUAAAGCAGAUCCUGAAUCCCUAGAUCCCAUGUAGGACAAACUCAUAAGAUAAUUUUCUAAUCCUUAUAUCGCUGCAACCUGACGCUGUAAACUUUUAAUAUUUUAAUCUUUGACUACUUGAUCUAGUUAAAUUCAUAGUUUAAAAUAUGAACGGUCUUACUCAGACUCUAGGUUGCAAAGAUAAAAUACUUAGAAUAUGAAGAAUAUGUUAAGAGUAAAUAGUUCUGUAAUUCCAAUUAAUGAAGAAUUGUAAAAGUAAAUGUUUUGCAAUAUAUUAUGAUAAAACCAUUGUGAUAAAUUUUACCUUGUAUUUAUAUAUUAUAGUUUUCAUCGCAAUUAUAUUUACGUUUAACUUUGCAUUUAAAAUAUAUCUCACCCUAUUUUUG